AUGUAUGUUUGUAUUGCAAAUAUCACCGUUCACAAAUUCAAGCCACAAAUUGACAUUGAUGGAGAAAAAUGUAACAGCACUAUAAUGAUGAAUGAUGUGAAAAUGGCAAAACGUUUAAGUGAAUUGAAGCAGGCAUAUAUACUUUCACUGUUCUUGUUAUCACUGUGCUCUUGUCAACUUGUGGUUAAUGUAAAAGAUGGAGGAGGCGAUGUCACAGUAGAAAGUUUUCUUGGCAAUACCACUUCAGAUAUAGUUCAGCUGCAGUUUCUGAACAAAGAUGGGACACAUGUUACACAAUUUAUAGACUUUAAAACAGAAACACAGAUAUUUAAAACCUAUAUCCCAUGGGAGGAAGAACAGGGCUUUGGUCAGAGUAAACCACAAGCUCUAUGUUUUGUUUCCAGGUUUACAAAAAAUGAAUUCAUUUCAUCUGAUGCUAUGUCUAAAUUAAGACAGAAAAAUCCAUCAGCUAUCAGAACCCCUGAGGAAGAGAAAACUCCAGAGAGUCAUCUGAUGGAUGCUAAUUUAAUACUUGAAAAAUCCAACAUUAUAUCACCAAAGAUUUUCAACUUCUGUCGUGAUGCUAGAGACACAGUAUUUACCAAAGAAAUAGAUAUUAAAAUAUGGUCAAAAUCUUUAGGACAAGACAUGACAGCCAUGAUGUCAACAAUCAAACCAUCUUUUCCUGCCAAGUAUAAUAAUUGUAAAGAUGUCAACGAUUUAUCAAAAGCAUGUUUAUGCCAUUAUCACAUAUGUAUUGGAUGGUAUCCAUGUGGAUUAAAAUACUGCCGUGGAAAGGAUUCCACAGGAAAGUAUGUCAGUUACAGAUGUGGAAUAAAGACGUGUCGACGAUUUAUGUCAUUUGACUUUGUAGCCAGACAGAAAAUGUUCUGUUUGUGGGAUUUUUAAUAUUUGUUAGAUAUAAGAUUUGGUUGUAUGACUGCUGUCUGAUUAAUACUUUGUUAAUGGUUAAACUAUCACAAUUGUAAAACAAAAUCAGUUUUUAACCAGAUUUCCAACGGAAAUAUCAGUUAUUGAUUUGGGGAUGUACGGGGGGGAGGCCAAACAGUGUACUUUCAUUAACUUAAAAUUGCUUUGAUGAAAUCUUUUCAAAUUUAGAUAUGUUGUUUCCUGUGACUUAAUGAAGGUCAAGUUCAAAUUUCAUGAUUUUAGUUUUUAUCGUGGUUGAGUUGUAGACUUUUCAGUAGCGAAAAGUGAUACUUAGAGAGUUGUCCGUGCAAUAACUUGAUAACGCUUUGACAAAAUCUUUUCAAAUAUAGAUAUGCUGUUUCCUGUGACUAAAUGAAGGUCAAGUUCCAUUUUCAUGAUUUUUUCACGAUUUUAGCUUUUAUCGUUGAGUUGUUGACCUUAAGUAGCGAAAAGUGAUACUUCGAGCAUUGUCUGUGCAAUAACUUGAAAACACUUUGACGAAAUCUUUUCAAAUUUAGAUAUGUUGUUUCCUGUGACUAAAUGAAGGUCUAAAUCGAUUUUCAAGAUUUUAGCUUUUAUCGUUGUUGAGUUGUUCACCUUUAUGUAGGGAAAAGUGAUACUUGGAUUGAUUUUGGCCUUUGCAUUUCUGAACCCUACAAAACUUCAUUUAUUUUUUUAGUUGAUCCUGUUUGGGGUUCCAGAUUUGCAAAUAUCAUUUUCAUGCAGGAAAAUCCAGUUUGCUGUCACUCUGACAGGCUCUUGUUAUGAUUGCUUUAUGUCACAUUAGGGCAUUAUAAUAUUUAAAACUCUUUAUAUCAAAUUCAGUUACCUCAUAUUUCUUUUUUUGGAUAUAUAUUAUCCCAAAUAAAAUAGCUUAAGAUUUUGGGGAGGAUUUUAGUGACAAUAUUUAAAAUGAUAUUUAGACUAAGAAGCAUCUUUUCCGUGAUUUAUAUAGAUGUUUUUAAGAUUAUUAUUUUUUUAUCAAAUUUCUUUUACUUCAUGGUGAGGAAAUAAUCUAUAAAUAAACUUAGUAAAAGAUGCCUACCAACCUGGAAUCAUAGCUGUCUUCUAUUAGGAUAAUGAGAAUGAGAUUAUUUCUCAACGUUAUUCUAAUUGUUGUCGUAGGUUAAUACAUGUAUUAGUUUCUGCAUUUAUAAAUAUGUGAUUCUGUUCAGAGUCCAUGCAUAGGGGAAGUACAGGUCAGUCCUUAGUACAUUUCUUUCACUUUUAGAUGGCUAACAUUUAGCAAACUGUGUCAUACUACAAAAUCAUUCAUUUGCAAAACAUGACAAUGAUCAGUACUUUAUUAUUCUGGCCAUCUCUUAACAUUGAUCUUAGGAUGUCUUCUUAUUUACAGGUUUAAAGUUUGAAAAAAUCUUGUGAAAAACUAAUAUUUUCAGUGAAAUCAAAGAUGGCCAUUGUUACUUAAACUUGGUUGUAACUUCAAGCAGGCCUGGGGUAAUGGUAAUUUGUAAUUGUAAUGCAUUGUAAUAUUACAUUUUUUAAUGUAAUGCAAAGUAAUUUGUAAUGCACAUUUUCUGCAUUACAAUUACAUGUAAUGUAAUGAUUACUUUAGUUAAAAAUCAAUGUAAUGCCUCCAUUACUGUACAUUACUUUUCAUUACAAAUUGGUAAAAUACAUAAAAUUGAAGAAUAUAGUAAAAUAAAAAUAAAAUAUUAACAAAAACAAAAGAAAGUAUUGAAUAAAAUUAUUGUCACAGUUAAUUACUGUAUUAAAUCAUUAUAGAUAGUUUGCCCUUAAAAAAUCUUCUAAAAAAUAAUUAUUAAACAAAACUAUAUAGAUGAAUGGAAAAAAUAUGAAGAUGAAAUUUUCAUAAUUCUAUACACACCUUACAUGUAUUUCAAUGAAAGAUUGAAUAUGUCAAUCAACAUUUCUACACCAAACUGUGGUUGUUAUUUCACCUAAUUAAUAUCAAAAUGCUUUUAUUGCAAUCAAAUCUUCUCAACCUAUGUUUGUCCUCACAGAGCCCUUAAGCAUUUAACAAGAUAAUCCUUUAAUGGCACAUUUAUUAUAUCCCUUUGAAAUCCCUUUAUGAUGUCUUAAUGAUUAAGUGAUCAAUGUUAGAAACAAAAUUAUGUGAUAAUUUAUUUAUUUUUCAAGUAUUUGAAGUCGAUGUCACUAACACUGUAUAUAUAUAUGUACAUAUACCCCGGUAAUAUUUAUCAAUUUCUUAUAAAAAUCUGUUUUUUAAAUGUUUUUAGUUUUUAUAUUGAAAAAGUAAUGUGUAAUGUAAUGCAUUACACAGGCAAAGUAAUUGUAAUGUAAUGCAUUACAUGUGAGAAAAAAUGUAAUUGUAAUUGUAAUGGAAGAAUCACAAAGUAAUUGUAAUGUAAUGCAUUACAUUGUAAUGUAAUGCAUUACAUUGCAAUGUAAUGGCCCCAGGCCUGACUUCAAGGUUUGUUUUAUUAUUUGUAAUUGUGUAUUUUCAGUCAAUAUAAACUAUAGCAAUCUCAUCAUGUUAUGCAUUUCAUUUAUAUACUGGUGAUCAGUAGUAAUUGAAAGGUGAGUUGUCAUCAGGUUAGAGCCUCUAGUGUUAACUUUGCCAAAACAUUAGAAAUGCUGGUCAUUUGUAAACCAAUCUAAUGUACCAAUUGUUUUGUAGGUUGAUUUCUGAAUGUAAUAAUGUGAUAAUUAAGUCCCUUUAUGAUGGUGCUAUUUCCGUUGUCAAACAAGGAAUUAUUGUCAUGUUGUAGCCAAAUUAUAAGUUUGUAGGUUUUAUAUUGUUAUAAAGAGAUAUGAUGAUGUUAUUAUACCUUGUAGUAAACUGAUUACAUCAUGUUUUAAUGUUCAUUUAUGGAAGCAGAACUUCUAUUCUUAUUUUGUACUUGUCAGUAGAGGAAUGACACCAAUUUUAGACACACUUCACCAGUUAUAUAUGUUUUUUUGCCCCCGCCGUAGCGGUGGGGGCAUUAAGUUUUACCCUUGUCCGUCUGAACGUACAAAGGUACGUCCCAAAAUUGUUUUCUGUUCUCUAACUUGAGUUUGCCUCAACCAAAUAUUAUGAAACUUAUACACAAUGCUUAUUACCACAAAACACAGAUCAAGUUUGAAUUUUGAUAGUGUCACGUUAACUGUUCUAGAGUAAUGCCCCUUUAUAAAUGGAAAAAUUGCAAAAUUGAAUCAACUACAAUCAAUGCUUUAUACAAUGCAAUGUUUAAUUUUGACUUCCACUGAUAAAACACAGAUCAAGUUGAAUUUGGGUAGUGUCACUUUAACCAUUAUUGAGUUAUGCCCCUUUAUAAAUCGAAAGAUUGCAAAAUUUUUAGUUUCCAUUCUGUAACUUAAGUUUGUCCCAACCAAACAUUAUGAAACCUAUACACAAUAUUCAUUAUUACAAAACUAAGAUCAAGUACACAUUUUUUGUUUCCGUUUUCUAACUAUAGUUUGCCUCAACCAAAUGUUAUGAAACUUAUACACAAUGCUUAUUACUACAUAAUACAGAUUAAGUACGAAAUUUGGUGAGAACACUUUUACCAUUCUUGAGUUAUGUCCCUUUAUAAACAUAAAAAUUGCUGAAUUUUUCGUUUCUGUUCUCUAACUUUAGUUUGUCUCAACCAAAUGUUAUAAAACUUAUACACAACCGUUCUAGAGUUAUGCGUGUUUACAAAUAGAAAAAUUGCUGAAUUUUUAGUUUCUGUUCUCUACUUAAGUUAGCCUCAACCAAAUGUUAUAAGACUUACACACAAUGCUUAUUACCACAAAACUCAGAUUAAGUUCAAAUUUGGGUAGCGUUACUUUUACCGUUCUUCAGUUAUGUCCCUUUAUAACUAUAUGCUAUGCAAGCGGGGGCAUCAUCUGUGUCCACAUGUGGACACUAUCCACAUUUAUUAUUGAUAAUUCCAAGUUAAAAAUAUAUAUAUAAAAGACGAUUAAAAGUUAUAUGAAGCAGUUUCUAAUCAAUGUCAAUGAAUGUUCUAGGGGUAGUUUAUUUUGAACUUUCCAUCAACUGUCAAGAUGAAGAACUGCAAUGGAAGUGUUCUUUUUUUUAUUUCAUAGUAUUUCGUUGGAAAAUGUCUAGUAUACAUCCAUGUCUUUUUUUUAUUUUAAAGAUUCAAAAUGUAUUAAUGAUUUUACUGUGUUGUUUACAAUGCAUGAAAAUUCCACAUUGCCUAGUUCAUUAUUAAAAUAUACAUGAUCAUGAUAUAUGUUCAAAAUCUUUACAUAAAAUCUACUUAUUGUCAAAAUAUUUUAAACUUUCGUAAUAACAUUUUUAUUUUACUUUUAUACAUGUAUACAUGUAUUUGAAAAAUAAAUGUGAAAAUAAAACAUUUCAUAGAU